CGGACCAUUGUCGCAGUACCAUCAUCGGUGGAACGCAUGCUGGAAAAGUCAUUGGCUAGCACCACGGAUGUGAUCAUAUACGACCUGGAGGACAGCGUACCACCCUCUCCCGCAGAUAAGAAGAACGCAAGAGCCCGGCUUCAUCACUUUCUGUCUACGCGCUCAGACAGCCUUCCGUCGCCCGAGCGGAUCGCCGUGAGACUGAACUCGAAUGCAACAGCGUUUUUCGAGGAUGAUAUCCAGCAAGCGCUCUCCUUUCCGUGCGUGCGCACGCUCGUCCUCCCCAAGAUCCACUCCGCGCAAGACCUGCACUAUAUCUCGGAGCAAAUACACGCCGCAUCCCAGAGGCACGCCUUCCGAAAGUCGGGAUCACCGCCUGUGAGACUCGUAGCGAGCGUCGAGAGCGCACGGGCGAUGUACAACCUCGGUGAGAUCGCGGCGUGGAAGUCCACUUGGGGACCGGUCACGGGAGGAGAGUUGUCAGCAUUACUGUUCGCGGCGGAAGAUUACUGCGCGGACACGGGCAUAAUCCGCACCACGUCUCGUCAAGAGCUGCUGUAUACUCGUUCUCAUGUCGUCGUCACGGCGAAAGCAUUCGGGCUCGGUGCAAUUGACAUGGUGUGUGUCAACUACAAAGACCUCGACUAUCUGCGCGACGAAUGCGAAGACGGGCACAGGCUUGGAUUUACGGGAAAGCAAGCAAUCCAUCCCACCCAGGUCGAAGUGAUCCAGUCCACAUUCGUGCCAAGUUCUAAAGAAAUUCUGCGCGCCGCUCGCAUCUUGAAACAAAUGGGGAAAUCCCAUCUACUGAACCGGGGAGCUGCUGGCUUGGAGCUCGAAGGAGGAGGUAUGGAGAUGAUUGACGCACCUAUGAUCAAGCAGGCAUGUGGCUCGGCUGAGAACGUCGUGCGCAUCGCCAAGGCCGCCGGCUUGCCCAUCCCUGAUGUAAAGUGA